AUGGAACAAGAUUCUAUCUUCACUAGAUUCCCAUUUUCCACUUUCGGUGUAUCCGAUCUCGUGCCACUUCCGUUGAAAAAACGCUUUUUCGGCUCUAUAAAUCAAUUUCAAAGUCAACAGGCAAAUCGUGCAUGGCCGCAUUCAUCAAGCGACCAAUUAUUGCCACAAGAGUAG